AACAAAACGGUCUCAAACAAAAAAGACAACCGACAAAAAAAAAAGACAGUUCACUUGUUUUGUCUUUGAUCCUUUGUAACUAGAGAAAGUUGUAAUCUUUUUCCUCCCACAUUAUUUGUCUUCAUCAUCUUCUUUCUUUCUUUCUUCCCAAUCUCUCUGAUCACUAGCUUCGAUUCAGUUUCCGUGUUCUUCGGUGGCGGAUCUGCUCGAAGAAAGAAGCAUUCUAUCUAGUCGCAUUCUCUCUCCACCCAACUCAAAAGUCUCCACCUUUUGAUUGCGGCUUUACUUACAUUUAAGCUUAAAGCAUCGCCAUUGCAGAGUUUCCUUUUUAUCUGGAGAGUUAGCUUCCAAGUCUACAUCGAAAUUGAGAUCUGUUUGUGCGUUGAGAGUGAGAGUUGUCGGUUCAUAAGCACGGAUCAAUCUUUGAUUUUAGUGGUAAUUGAUUAGUAGGAGAGAGAGAGAGAGAGAGGUCGUGUUAAUCCCUCCGAGAUGUGGGGUUGACUUAGUGAGAGAUUCUGGAUUUUUCCGAGGGAGUAAUAAAUGUUCUUUCCUGUUUUUACGUCGUGAUUACAUAUUUUGAGAUCUGGGCUCAUUAUUACAAUCACAGCAGAGAGAGAAAGAGAGAGAGAAAGAGAGAGAGAGAGAGAGAGAUUCUUUCUUCUUAUCCGAGGAGACUUAUUCUAUUUGUUUAUCUCCUGAGAGCAAGACUCAAGGUUGCCUCAAGAUUAGCUAGGAAUCUGUUUUGGAUGAAUUCUUCUUGAGUAAUGUGUGAAGCAGAGAAGUUUAUAUACCACAAGAAGAAGCUCUUAUUAGAGAUGAAGGUCAAGUUUCUAGGAGACAGCAAGUUGAAGAACUCCUUGGUUUCCAAGUCUCGUAUGAGCCUUUGGAUGAUCCGUGCUAUCACCAUACUGUUGCUAUGGAGCUGUUGUGUUCAUCUGGUGGCGGUGGGAGGGAUGUGGGGACCUAGAUUGUUGAAAGGAUGGCCUUCUUGUUUCAACAGUCACCAUGAUCUCCCAAUGGCUUCACAGGAAAUGACUUCUCUUCCAAUGAAAAUAGCCCUCCCUCCUAAAAGGCUAUAUCAGAACAAUGGCUAUCUUAUGGUUUCUUGCAAUGGAGGACUCAACCAAAUGCGAGCUGCGAUAUGUGAUAUGGUGACUAUUGCAAGAUACAUGAAUGUCACACUUAUUGUCCCAGAGCUUGACAAGACCUCUUUUUGGAAUGAUCCUAGUGAGUUCAAAGACAUAUUCGAUGUGGAUCACUUCAUAACUUCUUUGAGAGAUGAGGUUCGUAUACUCAAAGAGGUUCCUCCAAGACUUAAGAGAAGGGUUGAGCUUGGCGUUUACCACACCAUGCCUCCUAUCAGCUGGUCCAACAUGUCCUACUACCAAGACCAGAUUCUUCCACUGGUGAAGAAGCAUAAGGUCUUACAUCUGAACAAGACCGAUACUCGACUUGCCAACAACGAACUUCCUGUUGAGGUUCAGAAGCUGAGAUGCCGAGUAAACUUCAACGGGCUUAGGUUCACUCCAAAGAUUGAGGAACUGGGUAGAAGAGUAGUCAAGAUCCUGAGGGAGAAAGGUCCCUUUCUUGUUCUCCAUCUCAGAUACGAAAUGGACAUGCUUGCAUUCUCUGGUUGCUCCCAUGGUUGCAACCGCUACGAAGAGGAAGAGCUCACAAGAAUGAGAUAUGCUUAUCCGUGGUGGAAGGAGAAAGUGAUAAACUCAGAGUUGAAGAGGAAAGAAGGUCUUUGCCCAUUGACUCCAGAAGAAACAGCUCUGACUCUAUCUGCCUUGGGGAUUGACCGUAAUGUUCAGAUUUACAUAGCUGCCGGAGAGAUAUACGGUGGUAAAAGGCGGUUAAAGGCUUUAACAGACGUCUUUCCCAAUGUGGUGAGGAAAGAAACUCUGCUGGAUUCCUCUGAUUUGAGUUUUUGUAAGAACCACUCUUCUCAAAUGGCUGCUCUUGAUUACCUUAUCUCUCUGGAAAGUGAUAUAUUCGUUCCUACUUAUUAUGGGAACAUGGCCAAAGUUGUGGAAGGUCAUCGCAGGUUCUUGGGGUUCAAGAAGACGAUUGAGCUAAACAGGAAGUUCUUGGUCAAUCUUAUAGAUGAAUACUACCAAGGAUUAGUGAGCUGGGAAGUGUUCACGACCAGGGUGAAGGCCUUUCACGCUACAAGAAUGGGAGGUCCAAAGAAGAGGCUUGUGAUACCAAAUAAACCAAAAGAAGAAGACUACUUCUAUGCUAAUCCUUAUGAAUGUCUCCAGCUAUUACAUGAGAAUGAUAGUGGCAAUUCACUAGAUGAAACCAUAUGAUCAGAGCCACCACCAUUGUCCUACAUUUAGAUUUGGCAGGACAUGGAUGGGUGGAUAAUGGAGUUUAUCUAUGGGGAUUAUAUCAAUCUUGAGGAUGAGAUUCUUAAAGAGGUUAUGUAGGGUUCUUUGGUGUACAGAGACAUCUGAAGAGCUUCUGUGGAUGUAGAAGAAAGGCUCUGAAGUUUUCAUUGUAAAGUUUGCAGACUUGUCAUUUUGGCACCAUCACCUCCUCAUCCAUGGACCUGCAGUUUUGUAGCUGAAAAAUAAACAAUGCAGUGUAUAAUUAUGUUACACAUUAUUAGUUAUUUGAUUAAAUAAAUAAGUGUUCUGUUUCUUA